GCCCCUGAGCAACCGAUAAAUCAAGAAACAGGAAGAAAGAGUGAAGUCCUGUUUUCUGAAAGAUUUCCACCAAGUUAACUUUGAAAGCUCACGUGGUUACAGUGGAGCAGAAACACAUAUCUGUUCAGUUUUUAUAGAUUUUAAAGUUACAAGCUGUGUAAACACCCUCACUGAGAGAUGACAAUGAGGAGCAGCGAGACGUUUGAAGAUGAGGACUUGGAAAAAUGGCGUAAGAUUGAUACAGGGGGGUUCGGUGCUGUCUACAGAGUCUUUCACAAAAAAAUGACAACAGAUGUCGCCGUCAAGAUUCUUCUUCAGGAUGCAUGCUCCUCUGAAACACUGAUCAAAGAGGCUAAUGAUCUGAAAGAAAUGUCCUCUUCAUAUGUUCCCAAGGUGUAUGGAAUUUAUCAGGGAAAGCCACCUCAUGAAAAUUCAGAGAAGCAGGGAAUAGUCAUGGAGUUUAUGAAAAGGGGAUCUAUUCACACCCUGCAGAAGGACUUAUGUGUUCCUCCACCACUGCCACUAGCCAUUCGAUUGGCCCAUCAAGUGGCUUUGGGGAUGCAACACCUUCAUUCAAAGAACUUUCUUCACCAUGACCUUAAACCAAGCAAUGUUCUCCUUGAUGACAACUUCAAUGCCAAGCUGGCAGACUUUGGUCUUUCCAGGGUGACCACCAGUGUUUUAUCCAAUUUUGAUCAACCAACAGGGCGUUCAGGCACUUUUAAGUACAUGCCACCUGAAGCUUUUGAUUUAAACUAUAAACCCGUUCGCUCUUUUGAUGUUUACAGCUAUGGUAUCCUCCUUUGGUCUGUCUUUACUGGUAAAGAACCCUAUGAAGGUAUGACUAAUUAUCUUUUAAUAGCCAAUUAUCUUUUUCUAACCACUCUGAAGUAAUAUUAAACCUAUGCAUUUUUUUCUGCCGCAAAAGUCACAUUGCUUACAUACCGGUAGUUUAUUCCUGUUUAUGUCAUACAAAUACAGAUCCAGGGAGUCAAUGUGUCUUUGUUGCUUAAUUUAGGAAAACAAUUUUCCCUUGUGGAACUCAGGAUUCCAAAGGGAGACCGGCCUGAUGUCAAGUCUUUGCCUAUCAUGUCAUGUCUUUGCCCGAAACAGGAGAAAGACAAGAAGGAAAUAGUUGAGCUGAUGAAAAUUUGCUGGGAUGGGACACCAUCCAAAAGACCUAACUUUGAUGGUAUGGCUGGGUUUGGUGUGGAAAAGAGAUGUUUAUAUAUUCCUUUUAUAUGUUCCUGGUUGUUAGCAUCUUGGACUAAAUUUUAUGCAUCGAUCUGGUAGUUAUCGAAAAACAGGCUUAAAUGGG